AUGAUUCCCACGUCACGCCGACAGCGAUAUUUUCGCCCCAACUCGCCACCAGUUUCACCAUCUUCACCAGGAGCGGGCCCAAGCCACCGAUCGAUGAAUUCUUCCAAUUUGAAUGUUUUGGAACAGGCGGAGCUAGUGAUAGAUGGAGGUGAUGAGCAACAAGUGUCCCAUGAAGAAAUUGUAGACGAUGGUUCAAGUGAUAUGGUCGUGGAUCAUCAUCAUCAUCACCAACAACAUCAACUUCGUAAUAACCCUAUGCAUCAUCAUUAUGACAAUAGGCAACAAAGUGGAGCAACACUGUAUCAAGUUCAACAGCAGAAUCAACAACAAUCUCAAUCGAUUCGUCGUGCUAUAGGUCGACCGAUAGUUCAAAGACCUCCAAAUUAUGUGCAAACUCCGAUGGAUAUGGUACAGAAACUUCAAAAUAAAAACGUGUACAUGCCCCAACAACGGCCACAAACUAGAAUUUCUCCAGCUGGUGCUCGGAUCGUUAGUUUUGCUGGGAGAAAACGAGAUAAUCCAGAUGCCCUUCCACCAGGAGUUAAGAAAAUGACAAUGGCUUCAACUCGUCCUCAUUCUCAACCUCAACAUCAAACUCAAGCUCAGCAACAAGUUCCGCAACAGGUCCAACAAGCUCAAAAAAAUUUACAAGCUGUGAAAGUUGUACGGCUGGCUCCAAGCAGUACUCGUGCUAAUCCAACAGCUUCUGAGCACGCCCUCAUUGAAAUUGAGAAUAACAUUAAGCAAACGAUUGAAGACUCAAAAAUUGAUGUGGAUAAGUUGCGAGAGCUUCAAGAAGCUGAAUUUUCACAAGAUGAAUAUCAUCAGUAUCUUGGAAUGCUGCUAAUUGAUUUAGAACGAUCUAACGAAGCCAACUUGACACUCACCAAUUAUUAUCGGGAUCGUCAGAGACAUGAGAAGACAAUUUUUGAAGCACGCGAAAACGCAUUUGCUGCCAGAAUUCGACAAUUGGAAACUGAAAAUCGGAAACUUCGAGAGUCGAUUCAUACGAUGUACUGUACCAAGUUCAAUGAAGCUGGUGGACACAACAAUUUAUACCGAAACGACCACAUGGGUCAAAUGAUGGUAGAAGAGCCAGAAGAGCACGUUGUCAUUGAAGGGCAUGUCGGCAAUAAUCAAGAAUCGGAAGAAGUACCACAAGAGUGGAUUGUUGAAGAGACUGUUGAAGAGCACAGAAUGCAUUUACAAGAACUUGAAUCGGACGAUCAUCAGCACCUUGUUGAUGAUCAACAACAAGAUGUAGAUCAAGAUAACGACGUUAAAGAUAAGGACUUGCUUGUUGGAAAUUCCAGAUUUGGCCCCGGGAGCUCUGGAGGACAAAAUUAA